GGAGCGGGAAGGGUGCUUAUUGUCGACAGUAGCUCCGCCUCAUGAUUUUUCUCCGUCCUGUUGUCUUCAGUGUACUACUCACCUCCCUCACUCUUGCUCUAUGCCUUUUUUGCUGCUGGAUGCUCUCCCAUCACGUUAUCUUGCCGCUCCUCGCCUGUCUACAUCAUUCCUAUUCUUUUGCCAUUGCCUGCUGGUUGCUUCCCAAUUGCCUGUGCUUGCUUGUCUCACUCCUCGCCUGUCCACCUUGCUCCUGUUCUUUUGCCGUUACCUGCUGGUUGCUGCCUGUGCUCGCUUGUCUCAUUCCUCGCCCGUCCACAUCGCUCCUGUUCUUUUGCUGCUGUCGAGUUUGCCUGCUUCUCACUGUCGUGCUGGUUCUAUCAUUAUCAUCCUGUAUCGUAUUUGCCUGGUCGCAGGUCGAAGCGUUUGUAUCAGUAGAUUAUAGCAUAAUUCACCCGAAUGCAACCGAUUUUGUUGUA